CUCUGACGUAGUGCGUUGAUGGAGUCACGUACCGUCCGACAGCGCCGGUUGGCAGCGCCGUUUGAAUCCGGUCCAUGAGAACAACAGCAGCUACAUAUCUUCCUCUGGACUUGUACAGUCGGCCCUCCUUAUCCGCGGGUUCCACAUGCGUGGAUUCAACCAACCUGGAUCGGGAAAACCCAGAAGUUCUCUCUCCAGCAACUCGUUUGAGCAUUAAGCGGCCUCUGGUCUCCCUGCAUUUGUGACUGUUGGACUUCUGGUUUGUAAUGAGUAUGCUGGCUUGGUCAUGGUCCUCAAUUCAGUGCUGAAGUUGGUUCAGAGGCAGACUUACACCUGCCUGUCCCACCGAUAUGGCCUUUACCUUUGUUUCGGAGGAAUAGUGCUCAUGAUUGUGUCUGCCUUCCAGUUCGGAGAGGUGUUCUUGGAAUGGAGUCGGGAUCAAUAUCAUGUCAUGUUUGAUUCAUAUCGUGACAAUGUAGCAGGAAAAUCAUUUCAAAACAGGUUAUGUCUACCAAUGCCAAUUGAUGUGGUAUAUACGUGGGUCAAUGGUACAGAUCCAGGUUUGCUAAAGGAACUACAAGAAUUAAGGGAGCAGAUGAAGAAAGACCAGCAUAAGCUGAGAGAAAGUCUUGGAAAUGUCACAGAAGCUACUAUGAAAAGUGAGAAGCAACCAGAAUGUUUGUUAUCGCACUGUGUAAAGGGACCCCUGAUCGUUUUGGAUCCAAGUUUACCAGCAAACAUUACAGUCAAGGAGUUGCCUUCAGUCUUCCCUCACUUCCGUGCUGUAAAGCAUCUGUUUCAAAUACCAAAGCUGAAAAGCCCAUCAUCCAAUAUUACUGUAGUUAUGUUUGAUAAUCAAAAAGAGGUGGAUGAUGCCCUUUCAACAACACAAAACCAAAAUGAUAAACAAUUGGCGUGGAGAGGUUAUCUGACCACAGAUAAAGACUCUCCUGGAUCCAUUCUAAUGCAAAAUCUUGCUUUCUUGAGUGGUUUUCCAGCAUCCUGCAAAGAGGAGGAGCAAAUUCGAGCCAAGCUUCCACCGUUUAUUGCAGGCAAAAUGAAACAGUUUCUGUUAUAUUCUGAAGCUGGUAUUGUGCUGUUGUUACUCAAAAAUCCUAGAGAUUUUGUAGAACUAACCAAGCAGCCUAAGAACAACAUGACUAUGGAAGGAAAAGAGAUAACAAUCAACCCAGUCUAUUUAGUGUGGGACCUCAGCACCAUCAGCCAGUCCAAGCAGGACGACGAUAUUUCAGCCAGUCGAUUUGAGGACAAUGAGGAACUACGAUACUCUUUGCGUUCUGUGGAGAGAUAUGCACCUUGGAUACGGCAUGUCUUUAUCGUAACAAAUGGCCAAAUUCCUUCUUGGUUAAACUUGGACAAUCCUCGUGUUACAAUAGUAACACACCAGGCAAUUUUCAGGAAUCUCAGCCAUUUGCCAACAUUCAGCUCCCCAGCUAUUGAAACGCAUCUGCAUUGCAUUCCUGGCCUUUCUCAGAAAUUCAUCUAUUUAAAUGAUGAUGUAAUGUUUGGCAAGGAAGUCUGGCCUGAUGACUUUUACUCUCAUUCAAAUGGACAAAAGAUUUAUCUAACCUGGCCAGUUCCAAAUUGUGCUGAUGGAUGUCCUGGGUCUUGGAUUAAGGAUGGCUACUGUGAUAAGGCUUGCAAUAAUUCAGCUUGUGAUUGGGAUGGAGGUGAUUGCCUUGGGAACACUGCAAGUAGUCGUGGUGGUGCUGGAGGAAUGGCAAAUGGACAGGUGUGGCAGUUUGGCGGUGGUCUCCCUGGAUUAACGUAUUGCAACCAAGGUUGUGCUAAUUCCUGGCUGGCUGAUAAAUUUUGUGAUCAAGCUUGUAACAUCUUGUCAUGUGGUUUUGAUGCUGGUGAUUGUGGGCAGGAACACUUUGAUCAGAUGUACCGCGUGAUUCUCCAUCCCAACCAGACCCAUUACGUGCUUCCGAAAGGUGAGGCUUUACCUUACUUCAGUUUCGAGGACUUUGCUAACAAGAUCAUAGAGGCAUCAUACGUGGAUAAUGCAAUUAUUCGGCAUGCCUCAGUGGCUAACAAAUGGAAGACCAUUCACUUGAUCAUGCAUACAGGAAUGAAUGCAACUACCAUCCACUUUAACCUGACUUUCCUGAAUAAAAAUGACAAGGAGUUUAAAACGCACUUUACUGUAGAUGUUGAUACCAGGGAAAAUCCAAAAUCAAACCAAACUGCCAGCAUGAAGGAAGGAAAGACAAUAAAUGUCACUGCAUCACCACUGGAAAUAGAAGUACCUUUCAAAGACAUUGCUGAAGAACUGCUUUAUCCCAAAAUUCAGGAAAGAACUCUGGAUCACUUGAAUAUCAGCCGCCAGCUUCUUGACCUUCAGUUUAUUAAUAUGUCACUUCUGCCUAUUACUGUUCAAAAUGAGUUGAAAGAACUAGAUUCAAAAUUAAAAGAUGGAGAUAUCACACUUAAAGGGUACAAUCGUACAAAGUUGCUAAUCUUAGAACCUUUUAGAAAUCUUAUCCAUUCUUCAAAACAAAAUGAAAAUAAAGAGGUCUCUCAGCACACAGGAAUGAUUACUUUGGUAAAGGAUCAGGACUUGUUGAAAAGAGUAUUUGCUGUUACAGUACAUCAGGGUAAGGAUGAAAAAGCUAAGACUUAUUUGACAAAAGAACAAGUUGAGAAAGAGCAACCUGGAAGAAAUGAACCAGCUGACAAUCCAGUGACUCUAAAUAGUUUGCUCACUGUGAAAGUGAGCAGCAUGCUAAAACACCCAGCCAAAGACAUCCCAGACUUCCAGAAGGCUGACGUCAAGCCCGUAACUUCACAGAAAAUUCUUAAUAUUCUCAUACCAAAUGAGAACAGCAAACUGAAACAGGAUCCGAGUGCAAGAGAAAUUGAAACCAAGUUCAAGCACCAAGAGAAAAAGGAGAAAGCAUUGAGAGGAGGCAAUACUGUGGCUCCAAAAGCUGAAUCUAAAAAUAUGGAUGCAGGUCAUGCUGGCAGAAAACUGCAUAAUUAUGUGGAAAAUUAUGUUGGCUUUUUACCUUGGGAGAAACAAGGGUAUUUCCAAGAUCUGUUGGAAGAGAAGGAAAUGCUGGAGAAGGCAAGUGCAUAUUACACUGAUGGUAAACAAAUGCGAAGAAAACUCCAGGACACGUUUGCAGACUCACUGCGCUAUGUUAAUAAACUUCUCAAUACAAAAUUUGGAUUUACUUCUCGUAAAGUUCCUGCUCACAUGCCUCAUAUGAUUGACCGCAUAAUCAUGAGUGAUCUUCAAGAUCUAUUUCCCGAAGCGUUUGACAAGACUUCUAACCAUAAAGUUCGUCAUUCUGAGGACAUGCAGUUCGCAUUUUCAUACUUUUACUAUGUCAUGAGUGCACUCCAGCCAUUUAACCUAUCAGAUGUUUUUGAUGAAAUUGACACGGAUCGAUCAGGAAUUCUCUCUGAUCGAGAAAUCAGGACAUUGGCAACUCGGAUUCAUGAGCUCCCCCUGAGCUUGCAGGAUUUGACCAGUCUGGAACAAAUGCUGAUCAAUUGUUCAAAGAUGCUUCCAACAAAUGAAACACAAAUUGACAGAGUUCCUCCCAGUCAGGAAGCGUAUUAUGACCCCAACCUGCCUCCAGUGACUAAAGGACUUGUGAUCAACUGCAAGCCCGUUACUGAUCGUAUUCGUAAGGCUUACAAGGACAAAAAUAAAUACAAGUUUGAAAUAAUGGGUGAAGAAGAGAUUGCUUUUAAAAUGAUUCGCACUAAUGUUUCUCAUGUUGUUGGGCAAUUGGAUGAUAUCCGAAGAAACCCUAGGAAGUUUAUUUGUCUGAAUGACAAUAUUGACCACAAUCACAAAGACGGAGCCACAGUGAAGGCAGUGCUUCGUGAUUUCUAUGAGUCAUUAUUCCCAGUAGCGUCCCAGUUUGAACUGCCAAGGGAAUACCGCAAUCGAUUUCUCCACAUGCAUGAGCUUCGUGAAUGGAGAGCUUACAGAGACAAGUUGAAGUUCUGGACACAUUGUGUGCUUGUGACUCUCAUCACUUUCACUGUUUGUUCUUUCUUUGCUGAACAGUUGAUUGCACUAAAGCGAAAGAUCUUCCCAAGAAGACGAGUGUACACAAAUGUUGCUCCUGAUCGAAGCAGUGUGUAAGGGGAAUGAUGACAAACUUCUGUUUUUGUUCUUAAACCAAAAUUCAGCUGUUUCUCCAGCAAGAAGGAAGAAAAUGAUUAAUGAUCACAGGAUGACAGAGGCAAACAAGGCUCUGAAUGAAGCAAAAGGAAUGGAACUGGGUAGCAGCAUUACCCAGGAAAGUAGUGGACCAGAAACUGAGUGUAUUUUACAGAAACAACUUGACAGUUGCCUUUUGGGCUUUCUCACAAGCUAAAAAAUUAUUGAAAGCAUGAAAGUGCAUCAGGGAUGGGAAAUCAGUGUCACAAAUAGAAUUGGUGGAGGUGUUUUCGAAAGGAGUCAUUGAAGUGCUGUUCUCAGUGAGAUGCACCUACGUACAUUGCAGAAAUGGUAUUAUACUGUGUUUGAACUACUGCACUAUUAAAAAAAACAUUGUGAAAUAAGGUGAUCAUACUGUCACUUUGAGGACUGCGAAGAGCCUGUAUUGUCAAUUCGACUGUAGGGUCUUUUAUGGCGUUUGAACUUUGCAAAUGUAGUUGCAUUUGAUACGAUGCUUCAUCUAUGUGUGCAUCAGAGUACUGCUUGUAUUAAUGUAAAAUACAUUAACUGAUGUAAUUUAAAUAUUUAUACUUCGGGUAAUAUGUUAAAAUACACUAAUUUUAACAUGCUAUCCAAAAGUAUAAAUAUUUAAAUCUGAUCACAUCUUUCAUCUCAAUCUGUUCUUCUCCGCACACUCCGUACCUAAGUGCCUGUCCUGGAUAUUACAGGUGACAGUGGCGUUAGAAAUUUUAUUUAUUUUAGAGGAAUUGGUGCAACUGUGUGACAGGGUGAUCGUAAUUUUUAUUGUAUUUGUAUGUUCAAAGUGAUCCCCUUCUUGAAGCAAAUCCAUUUUUUAUAUUUUAUCAGAGAUUGAUGUUUUAUCUGUAAAUGUGCAAUUAACCUUUAUGGUUAUUAAUUUUAAAAUAAAAUUCUGCCAUCAAGAUACUAACUGUUUAAAUUUUGAAUGUAAAUUCUUGUCUUUUGCCAGAAUACCAGAAUCAGGUUUAUUAUCAUUGGUAUGUGACGUGAAAUUUGUUAACUUAGCAGCAACAGUUCUAUGUAUUACAUAAUCUAGCAGAGAGAAAAAAAUAAUAAAUAAACAAGUAAAUCAAUUACGUACAUUGAAUAGAUUUUUUAAAAACUUGCAAAAACAAAUACUGUAUAAUUUUUUUAAAAAGUGAGGUAGUGUCCAAAGGUUCAAUGUCCAUUUAGGAGUCAGGUGGCAGAGGGGAAGAAGCUGUUCCUGAAUCACUGAGUGUGUGCCUUCAGGUUUCUGUACUGAUUCUCACUGAUGGUAGCAGUGAGAAAAGGGCAAGCCCUGGGUGCUGGAGCUCCUUAAUAAUGGACGCUGUCUUUCUGAGACACCGCUCCUUAAAGAUGUCUUUGUAGGCUAGUACCCAAGAUGGAGCUGAUUAGAUUUACAACCUUCUGCAGCUUCUUUUGGUCCUGUGCAGUAGCUCCUCCAUAUCAGACAGUGAUGCAGUCUGUCAGAAUGCUCUCCAUGGUACAACAAUAGAAGUUUUUGAGUGUGUUUGUUGACAUACCAAAUCUCUUCAAACUCCUAAUAAAGUAUAGCCACUGUCUUGCCUUCUUUAUAACCACAUCGAUAUGUUGGGACCAGGUUAGAUCCUCAGAGAUCUUGAUACCCAGGAACUUGAAGCUGCUCACUCUCUCCACUUCUGAUCCCUCUAUGAGGAUUGGUAUGUGUUCCUUCGUCUUACCCUUCCUGAAGUCCACAAUUAACUCUUCCAUCUUACUAAUGUUGAGCGCUAGGUUGUUGCUGCAGCACCAUUCCACUAGUUGGCAUAUCUCAUUCCUGUACGCCCUCUUGUCACCACCUGAGAUUCUGCCAACAAUGGUUGUAUCAUCAACAAAUUUGUAGAUAGUAUUUGAGCUAUGCCUAACCACACAGUCAUGUGUGUAUAGAGCAGUGGGCUAAGCACACACCCCUGAGGUGCGCCAGUGUUGAUCGUUAGCGAGGAGGAUGUGUUAUCACCAAUCUGCACAGAUUCACCUCAUCCUGAAUGCCAAGUAAGUGAGUUUUCUUGAGCAACCUCCCAUGCAGGACCUUAUCAAAUGCCUUGCUAAAGUCUAUGUAGACAACAUUCACUAUCUUGCCUUCAUCAACUUUCCCUGUUAUCUCCUCGAAGAACUCUGUAAGAUUUGUUAGACAUGACCAACCAUGCACACAGCCAUGUUGACUAACUCUAAUCAGUCCCUGCCUAUCAAAUACUUGUAUAUCAGCCCUUUAGAAUACUUCCCAAUAACUUGCCAAUUACUGAUGUUCAGCUCACUGGCCUACUAUUUCCCAGCAUAUUCUCAGAGCCUUUCUUCAACAAAGGAACAGUAGUAGCUGUCCUCUAGUUCUCCAGCACCUUGCCUGUGGCUAAGGACGUCUUAAGUUCCUCUGCUAGGACCUCUGGAAUUUCUGCUUCAGUCUCUCUCAGGGUCCAAGGGAGCAUCUUGUCAGGCUGUGGGGAUUUUCUAUCCGUGCUCAAAGUACUGCCAUUAUGAUCACUAGAUCCACAGUAUUCCCUUACAUGCCUGUCACCUGUCCUGUCUUGUUCCCUAAUAAGAGAUACAGUAUUGUACUCUCUCUAAUUGGGACCUCUGUAUAUUGAUUCAGGAAACUUUCAUCUGCACAAUUGACAGACCGUCACAUCCAGCUUUUUUACAGUGUGGAAAUAACUCAAUAUGUGAAAAGUUAAAAUCACCUAUCAUAACCAUGUUAUGUUUCUUGUAGCUGUCUGUGAUCCUACAAAUCUGCUCCUCUAAAUCCAACUGACUACAAGGUAUUCUGUAACCCCAGCAUCUGCAGAGUAUUCUAUAAUACCUCACCUGCAAGUCUGUUGGAGUCAUCUACUGUAUCUGGUAUUCCCAAUGCAACCUCCUGUACAUUGGUGAGACUCAACAUAGAUUAGAUGGGGGCACCGCUAAGUUGAGCACCUUCGGUCCAUCUGCAACAGGCGAGACUGCGCAGUGGCCAACCAUUUUAAUUCCCAUCCCAACCUGUUGGUUCAUGGCCUCUACUGCCAUGAUCAGACCACUCUCAGGUUGGAGGAACAACAUUUCAUAUGCUGUCUGGGUAUGUACAGCUCCAAAGUCAUAUUUAAGUUUGCUGAUAACACCACUCCCAUUGGGCGAAUCAAAGGUGGUGAUGAAUCAACAUAUGGAAAGGAGAUUGAAAAUCUGGCUGAGUGGUGCCACAACAAAAACCUCUCACUCAAUGUCAGCAAGACCAAGGAGCUGAUUAUUGACUUCAGGAGGAGGAAACCGGAGAUCCAUGAGCCAGUCCUCAGUGGAGGGAUCAGAGGUGAAGGUCAGCAACUCUAAAUUCCUUGGUAUUAUUAUUUCAGAGAACUUGUCCUGGGCCCAGCAUGUAAGCACAAUUUCGAAGCAGACAUUGCAGCACCUCUUUCUUUAAGAGUUUAUGAAUAUUCAGCAUGACAUCUAAAACUUUGACAAACUUCUAUAGAUGCAUGGUGGAGAGUAUAUUGACUGGCUGCAUCACAGCUGGGUAUGGAAGCACCAAUGCCCUUGAACAGAAAAUCCUACAAAAAGAGUGGAUACAGCCCAGUCCAUCCUAGGUAAAACCCUCCCCACCAUUAAGCACAUCCAUAUGGAGUGUCCAUCAUCAGGGACCCCCACCACCCAGGACAAGCUCUCUUCUUUCUGCUGCCAUCAGGAAGAAUGUACAAGAGCCUCAGGACUCGCACUUCCAGGUUCAGGAACAGUUAUUACCCCUCAACCAUCAGGCUCUUGAACCAAUGGGGAUAACUUUACUCAACUUCACUUGUCCCAUCACUGAACUGUUCCCACAACCUGUGGAGUCACUUUCAAGGGCUCUUCAUCUCAUGUUCAUAAUAUUUAUUGCUUAUUUAUUUAUUAUUAUUUUUCUUCUGUUUUGUAUUUGCACUAUUUAUUGUCUUUUGCAUGUUAGGAGUUUAUCUGCGCUGUUGAGUGUGCUCUUUCAUUAAUUCUAUUCUUGGAUUUACUGUGCAUGCCUGCAAGAAAAUGAAUCUCAGGAUUGUAUGUGGUGACAUAUAU